UGUUGGCAGCAGUGUGGGCUCAGAUAACGGAGCAGCUACGUGUGUCUGCUCAGAGCGAGGGGAGGGAGCAAUGGAAGCUAGGACUUUCUGUUUGUAGGGUGGAAAACAGGAAGAAAACCGAGCGACUAGGCCAUCUCAGACACCGUGGAAUGAGGAACUCUACAACGAAAGCUAUGGCUGGACCCAGGCCUGUGGUGCUUAGCGGCCCGUCAGGGGCAGGGAAGAGCACUCUGCUGAAGAAGCUCAUGGAGGAAUAUGACAGUGUUUUUGGCUUCAGCAUCUCCCAUACAACAAGAAAUCCUCGACCCGGAGAACAGAACGGCAAAGGUAAAGAAUGUUCCUCCUCUUUCAUGACCACGCUAACAGCUCAUUUCUUAAUUUCUAGUCAACAGUUUUGUAGUUUUAUUCUCUGUAUGUGUCCUUAUUUUGGGGUUUCAGAUUACCACUACGUUACACGGGAGGUGAUGCAGGCAGCUAUUGACAAUGGCGAUUUCAUAGAGAGCGCAGAGUUUUCCGGGAACAUGUACGGAACGAGUAAAGCCGCUGUGCAAGACGUCCAGGCCAAGAAUCUCAUCUGUAUACUUGACAUUGACAUGCAGGGUGUGAGGAACAUCAAACGGACAGACCUCAAUCCCAUCUACAUCUCCAUCCAGCCACCGUCCAUGGCAGUCUUGGAAAAACGUUUAAGAGACAGAAAAACGGAGUCAGAGGAGAGCCUCCAGAAGCGUUUAUGUGCAGCCAAGGUGGAGUUGGAGUUUAGUAAAGAACCUGGUGUAUUUGAUGUUGUAAUUGUCAAUGAUAAUUUGGAGGAUGCUUACAGAAAGUUAAAACAUGCUCUUCUCGAGGAAAUUAACAACAUCAAGAAGAUCAACAUGUCUUCGUAGGAGACAGCAGCCUCCUGACACCUUUUCGUCAUGUCCAGCCACUCCUCAAAAAAACCACGGACCUCCAUUCCAGUUGUGUACAUUCCCUCAGAUGGUGGUCUGUGUGUAGGUUUUACAUAGUGUUUAGAAGUAUUUGAUAACAUACUGUAAAGUGGAACUUUUUUUUUUUUUUUUAAUGGAGUGCUUUUUUUAUAUUUUUAUUUUCAUUUGUAUGAAAAAAAAUUACUCCAAUAAUCCUUACCUGAUAUUUGACUGGCACGGUGCGGUGUUCUCUGUUGGACAGGAUUUACUUAACACAGAUAAACAGAUCUCAACAACAUGGACUUAACACUCAUUCGAUCUUGUGGAUAAUUUGGUUUGUCAAGGGUAUGAAAAGCAUGUAUCUGGAUACCUUGGUUAGUGGCAGCGAGUUAUGCUACUCUUACCACUUGAGGUACUUUUUUGAGCAACUGUGUUAAUGGUGAAAUAAAUUUACUGAGACAGUAAAAUGUACUGUUGGCAGACACACAGAGAGAGUUUGACACCAGCUCUCACCCCCCUGCACACAACUUCAGCAUUGCAACUUAUCUCCGGAAAACAUGGCGGCUGUUUACAUACAAGGGAUACAUUGAAAGUCGAUUAUGCUGUUGAAAUAAUAAAAUUAUUCCAGAGUUGGUUAAUGCUUUUAGUCUACAGACUUUUUGUAAGUUGUCGCAUAAUGUACUAAGGAUAUUAAAGUUUGGUUUGCUGGAUAAGGAUAAAUGCUGAUGUGCUCUAGUAGGAUUAAAUCCCAUGAUAGAGGUAGAAAAUGUGGUUUACAACAAAAAACAAUAGUACAUCUAAUGUUACUUAGAAUUUAUCUUUUUGUCUUUUGGGGGGCAAUGACAGAACAGUUUAACUGUUUAUUUUACAGUUGUAAAUUUGUAAAACUUUUAUAUUGUGUAACUAUCACUUUGCAGCUUCAGCUGUGGAGUAAAAUGACAUUCAGUGGAUUCCUAACAAAGUGAGAGGUUUUUAACUUUUGAAGACAAAUUAAAUGACAUGUUUAUCCUUUUUUUAUAUUGCUUAGAAUUAAGCACACAAUACAUCUCCUUUUACUUGAAAGCUAAGAAAACAUUUACAAUCCAUUUGUAAAUUGGCAUGUGGUUUUUUUUUUCUUAUUUUUUCAAUUUCAUGGAUAUUAAUAAUACCCCUAAAAUUAUGUUCAAGCACCUUGUAACACCCAUUCCUUUGUACGGGUAAUUUUGUGUUCCUGUUAUAACUGUAUAUUAUUCAGUGUCCAUUUAAAUAAUUAAUUGUGAAAAUGUUACAUCAUAUCCAGUGAGAUGCAUGCAGUCCCCUGGUGUGCAUUUAAACUUAACCAGCCAUUACAAUAUUGCGCUUGUUGUGGAAAAAUGUAUCAUUAUGUAUGAAGUCCAUUAAACGUCCAGCAGUAAGACUCUGUUACCCAAUGAAACUCCAAUAAAUA